AUGACGCUGUUAUUGCCUAGAGGAAACCUGAAUAUUGGAGGACAUGUUACCAAGAAUAUAGCUGAAACUUUUGCAUUGUUUGACAAUCUUCGUCACUUAUUCCAUGUAGGUUCAUACACCACUGGAGGAAGUAGUUCAGCAGCAACAGUUUCAAAGGUUCAUACACCACUGGAGGAAGUAGUUCAGCAGCAACAGUUUCAAAGGUAUGCAAGAGUGGGUUAUUUAGGUGCCAAUUCGAAAUUAAACUGGUUAAACCUGUAUCCUUUCAUCGCGAAGCCAGAUCCCGGACACCCGUCCCCGCCGUGGUGCCUCCGCCCUCCGCUUGGCGUGGAGGCGCCGCCGUCGCUGGAGCAAACAUGCCCGGAGUGGGCCUUGCGGGGGUUGCCCGGGCCGGGAAGCCGCGGCCCCGUGUCUGUUCCUGAACGGACAGCUUCCCCACGCCCCACGCCGUCUCCCCGCAGGGGUGGGCGUGGCCCAGGCCCUCCCGCGGCGCUCGCUCUGCCCUGUGCAGCCUCCGCCCAUGCCCGUGCCGUGCUCGCCAGCGGCUGCUUCUGGGUUCUGAUCAAGCAGGAAAGGCGAAAGCAAAAGGAAUACUUUGAAAAGAAAAGGUUAAAAUCAAAAAUGAAAUCACUGGGAGUUUUUUCCCCUGUCAAAAAUUCCACUGCCAGUUUAGAUCUUGUCAAUCUAUACAUAGUAAAUCAGAUAUCUUGCCAUAAGAAAACACCUGAAGCCGUGAGAAAACCAACCCAUGUGAAUAUGAGUAGAGACAUAAAAAUGCCCCAGAAGCAUGAUUUAGAACUUCCAGUAUCGCCUCAUUGUGUACCAUCUAACCUCUGCAUUGAUGAUACAGAAAACAAUACACAUCAUCAAAGACUAGGCAGCAAGAAAGAUGGCCCAGUUCAGUCGUCACAAGUCAUGGGCUCACACAGAAUGUUCGAACCUCAGUUCAACAGAAUAGAAAACUGCAGUUUCACUCCAUCAUCUUUUUCAGCAGAAUUAUCUUCUAAUAGACAUAUUACAGAACAAAAUUUCGUUCCCAGAAUAGCACCUAGUCCUCAGAAAGCUGCGUAUGAAGAAAAGCAGAAUGAGCAGCUCAGUAAUGUUAAUUAUUCUAAUUCCUUGGUUUCCAAAUUUAAUGAAAAUGAAGAUACUCUCAGUCCAUCAUACAAAAUAGCACAAUUUGGAAUGUUGUUUGAAAGAUUUAACAGUCCAGGAAAUAGGAAUUACCCAACUGGAAGACCUGCAGUAGUGAUGGAUGAGAGAAGACAGUCAGACUUCAUUACUGAAAAACGAUCAGUACAACAUAUGUGGGGAGAAAAUAGAAAAAAGGCUUUAGAUUUUUUUGAAGAUGUGAACCAGCCAACCCCCAGGCUUCUGUCAGAGAAUUGUGACUCUUUUAUUAGUGGAAAUGUGAUCAGUUUAUUAAACAUAGAUCAGCAGAGAAUAAAAAAUACCUUUGACAAGUAUGGUUAUGACAGUAUGGGAGAUACUUGUGCAAUCACUAGUUCUGAUAAAAGCAGUUCCACUGAUGGAUGCAUUGAAAGUAUUUUUACAGAUCCAGGAUUGAAUUUUACUAAUUCUACUUUUAAUACAAGUUAUCCAGAAGAGUGCCAUCCAAACAAGAGCCAUCAGGAGUACAGCAGUAAUGAAAGAAGUGCCCUUAAUACAUCUCAGGGUUUUUACCCAGCCAGUUCUCAAAAAAAGGGAAAAUUUGAAAUUGAUCAAGAGAAGACACCACAGAAAAAAAUCCGGCAAUAUCCAGUGAACCAUAUGGGUGAUAUUCCUUUGGAAGGAUUGCAUUCCAAGCAGUCAUUGGAUUUUUGACCUGGUGAGAUUCUGAUUGAAGGAGGAGGAGCAUGUUCUUUAAAAGGCAGGCCAACAUCUUCUAAGAAAAUAUGUCAGUAA